AUGUCCGCUUCCCUCCUGGAACACUUGCGCGCCGCGCACGAAGAAGUGGAGCGGGUCGAGCGAGCGGCCUCGCAGCUCCUCCUGCUGCAGGACCAGAAAUGCGGCACUGGCCCGUCUUCUUCUGUGGGGGUACUGAAGGGCGAGAAGCGGAAGCGCGAGAAACUGCGCCUGGACUGGGCGGCUGCGGACUUGCUCAGCCGCAUGCAGGAGAGUGCACAGAAGUGUCUCCAAAUCUACGAGGACGGAGACAACUUGCGAAAGGACGAAAUCGCCUUCCUCGGCGGCCAGCGCGAGGGCGGCGCGGGAAACGACGUGUGGAUCAACUUUUAUGAACGCAUUCGCCAGAUUCGAGAAUUCCACAGAAAACGCGCAAUGACUGCUGCUGCCCAAGGCACCGACUUGAACGCCGCACCGGAAAUCAAAGACCCGCAAGCGCUCGUCGAAGAAGCCAACCAGACUCCGUAUUUGGACGGCGUGUUCGACGAGGCCGAGCAGUGGGGCGAGAUGCUCAACUUGCAUGACAGCUUCACCACCUUCAUUAACUGGAAACCGAUGAGAACGUACAAAGUGAACGAAGCCAAAAAGGCGGAGGCGGCGCGGCUGCUGAAGCGCGGCUUGGCGGAGGAGGCGGUCGAGCGAAUGAAGGACAGUCGCUUUGAGGAGGAUCUGAUUGAUUACAUUUCCUACUUGAAGUCUUUCCAUCUUUUCUCUUCGAUUCCUCGAGCCCUCAAAUACCGAUCCUCAGAGUACCUCGCCUACCUGAGAGGCAUCGUCGCGUACCUCCAAGACUUCUUCCGAAGACGCAACCCUCUUGCCGAUCACGACCAGGUGCGAAAGAAGUUCUCUGAGCAGUUCGAGGAGCAGUGGGAGCGGAAGGAGGUGCCGGGAUGGCAGACGCUCACGGCGGCGCUGCCGCUCUACUGCCGGCCCACAGACAAAAUCUUCCUCUCCGAAGGCCCCCGCGAAUCGCACAUGCAGCGCACUGUCGCUUACCAUCACAAGAAGCAGUCGCGAACAGCUGAGGAGCUGGAGGAGGAAAACCGAAGCAGCGACGACGAGGACGAUCAGGAGGCUGCUAAGGCGGUCGGCGAUGCGGAACGCGACAGCGAAGACGAAGAUGAUGACCAACCCAUCUACAAUCCUCUUAAUCUCCCUCUCGGUUUCGACGGGCGUCCAAUCCCGUUCUGGCUGUACAAGUUGCACGGCCUUGGGCAAGAGUUCAAGUGCGAGAUCUGCGGCAACUUUUCGUACUGGGGAAGACGCGCCUUCGAGCGACACUUCAUGGAGUGGAGACACGCCUUCGGCAUGCGGUGCCUGCGCAUCCCCAACACCACGCACUUCAAGGAGAUCACGAAGAUCGAGGACGCGAUCAAGUUGUAUGAGAAGUUGAAAAAGGAUGCAGAGGGAAAGACGUUCAAGGACGAGCAAGAACUGGAAUGCGAAGACUCGCAGGGGAACGUCAUGAACCUCCGAGCUUUCGAGGAUCUUCGAAGGCAAGGUCUUCUCUAA